AGGCAGUGUUCGGAUUCUCACGCAGGAUAGCUCGGCUGUACGGCAUUUUAGCAAAGUUCGACAACGAACGACUGUUUAUUGAAUCUGAAGUUGCCGAGUGAAACUGCUUUUCUAAAAUGCACACGAGAGAAUGUGUAUUAGAGCAACACGCAUGCAGCAUGAUGUAGCCGGCGUACCGUACCGCUUCUAGUCACUUCCUUGUCCUGCGGAGAGGAUAAAGCAGUGACGUCGGUGGACCGGUCUCUGCACGGUGGCUGUAACGCUGCAGAGGGAAACCUGUCCACCCGACCCGGACACAAACCAGCCACUUUAUCGUGGGCGGCUCGACGUCUCACGCGAGCUGAAUCUUAAAAAUGUUUCACAGUGGACCGCGACGAUAGGCUGGCGGUUACCAAGCGACGCUCGACCGGGAGUUCAGCCGUUAUCAGCUGCCCCACUGUCUAUGUGUCCGUGUGCGGUGCACCGGUGACCAUGUCCUUGGUGAAGAAUGACGAGGAGCAGCGAUGGGUGCCAACGCACGUGCAGGUAACCGUGCUACGGGCCCGAGGGCUGCGCGCGAAGGGUAAACACGGCACCAGCGAUGUGUACACCAUCAUCCAGCUGGGCAAAGAGAAAUAUUCCACGUGCGUGAUGGAGAAGACUACGGACCCGGAAUGGGGCGAGGAAUGCGCGUUCGAGCUGCUGCCGGGGAUCCUGGAGAAGGGAGGGCGAGACGCGUACCCACCCGGUAGUGGCGACCUGACCCUCACCGUUAUGCACCGUGCUCUCAUAGGACUAGAUGUGUUCCUGGGCCAGGCAGUUAUACCGGUAGAUAAAGCCUUCCAUGAUCGGAAAAGCAUGAAAAACGAGUGGCACCUGCUGCAUUCUAAAACUGGCAAAAAGGAGAAGGAAAGAGGGCAGCUUCAGUUGACUGUGCAGUUCACUCGGCACAACCUGACGGCCAGCAUGUAUGACCUUUCCAUGAAGGACAAACCUCGCUCUGCUUUCGACAAGCUCAGAGAACGCAUGCGGGCUAAGAAGCGCUCUAGCGAAGAAGAUUCCUCUUCCGCCAUCGUCUCUGGGGGAUACGGGUCAAUGGUAAGUGUGCGGGGGCGGCUGCCAAGUGAUGGGGGCGGCGAGGAAGACUACGAGGAUGAUGAAGGCGGGGAGGUUCGCAGGAGUAAGAUGAGAAGUUUUUUCCUGCGUGGGAGGUUGAGGAAGUCUUCAGACACGCGCUCAAGCACGUCACUGGGCUCCGAGAGCAGCGAGUCUUCAUCGCGGGGCGGCAGCCUCAGCCCGACGGCAGGAAUCAGCGUGGUGGUCUCAGAUCUGUCCAACUCUCCGAGUAACAGCAGCAACCUGACUGCAGACAGCAGUCCAGAACACACAGUGGCUCCCUCACCACAGGUCUCUCCUGUCAGACAUAUGAUGUACGACAUCAGCUUACCAGUGCCUCAUUCUGUGACGUCAGAGAACGACACCCCUAUUCUGCUUCCUUCAGUGUGCGUGAACGGGAAUCCGGUGGAAACGUCUCCUCUUACUCACCACCCUCCGUCACUCAUACUACAGCAACCUCAACGAGAGUCAACCAAACCAGUAACUCAGUCAGGUCAACCACAGGCAACCAAGCUGCCAGUUAAGCCUCAGAAAACCCAAUCAAUUGAACAGAAAUCCCAAGAAACCCGGCUAUCCAAGUCCGAGUCAAAGCCAAGGCCUGAGCACCAGCUCCCAGCCCUCGGGGUGCUUCAGAAGGGCUCUUCUCUCUCUCUCUCCCUACAGAACCUCUCUCGCCGUGGGGAAGAGAAGCAAAACGGCGGCCCUGUGGAUGGUCGUCGCUGGUCGUUCGAUAAACCUGGAGAGGAAGAAAAAGCUGCCAUCGUAGCAGCAUUAGAGCAUGCUGGAAGAGUUACGGAUGAGGCGGUGAUGGAAACAGUGAUACCUGCUGGAGAGACAGAGACUCAGAGCAAGAAAAGGAGGGGCCUGUUUUCACACGGGAGAGGUGAUUUGGCUGGGAAAGGGCCAAUCAUGAGUAAAGAGGAAGCAGAACAUGCUCAACCACUUGUAGAAGUCAAACACAAAGGAUGGUUCGGCUCCAAGGACUCGCACAGUAAACCCAGCCCCCUGGUGUCUCCUUGGUCACUCUCAAGUGUCAGUGCAAUCUGUCCAAUUGUACCCUUGAACUUUAAUGACCCUUCACAGAGUAUGGCUGACAAACACGCUAAUCCCUUCACUUCUCUCCCACCCUUUUCUGAAGCCAAUCCCUUCCUCCCACUUGCACAGCAGAAUCCUUUUUUUCAGGAGCUUCAUUCUGCUACUCCUUCAACUCCUGAUGUGCCCUCUCUCUUUAGCUCACAGUCUGCUGGUAAUGCCACCCCCGAUUUGCUAAGGAUUGGAAACAAAAAAGGACCUUCCCAAAUGGAUUUUUCAUUUGAUCCUUUAAUUUCUCACUUCGAGGGACAGACAGAAAAGGAUGAAUUUGAACAUUUUGCUGAGGAUAGACUGAAGUCUUCAGAUGAGAUGAAUGAAACAAAGAAUUUGGUUACACUCCCUCCUCUCCUUCUGAAAACAAAUAAUCAAGAGCCCUCAGGUGCUUUGGGUGGCUUAAUGGUGUCGGAUACAAAUGAUCUAACUGAUUUAGGGCAAACUGCUUCAGCAAGUACUGUAGAGACACCCAAGGAAACUGCUGCUGACACAAUUCAAGUUUCAGGAAGUGAUGUUAAUGAUAUUUGCUCUAGUUCUGACAAGCCUGACCACACCGAUCACGGGGCACAUGGCUUCCCAGAAUUUAAUAUGAAUUUAUCCAAAAUCUCCUUACCCGAAAAUUCCAGUUUAGAUUUUUCUGAACUGAAUAUGCUUGCAUGCCCUUUUCCUGCACUGUCACCUCGAUCCAUGAAUGAAGACCGUUCUGACGCCACAACUCUUAAAGACCAACCAAAGAUGUCCCUAAACUCACAAAAUGCCAAAUCAGAUGUCACACAGCCAUCAUUAUCAGAAGCAGACACUGUUGACCACCUUCAUAGUUUCUGCAUUGAGUUCUCAGAGGGGGUGUCUGUGAAUCCUGAAACAUCACAGAGGCCCGAGGCACCCGAGUCUGCUACAGAUAUUGAGUCUGUGAUAGUCCAUGAGGAUCCUUUGCCAUUCUGCAGAGACAACAGCUCAGGUGACACCCUGGAACAGUCCACUGUGAAAUCUGAUUCCCUAGGUGGAGAUGUAGACCACCAGUCUAUUGAGCCCUGUCUUUCUCCACAGAGUGAAAUAAUUCCAGGUAAUAUAAUACAAUCUGAUGAAGAAUUUUGGAGAUCAAAUGCCUCACUCAUUCAAACUGUGGCAGUAAGUGGAAAGUCCCUAGUUGAAACCACUGAGCUUUCAAGAAGCCAUGUUCAAUCAGCACAGAGUUCCCUUCUGUCAGCUACUUUGCCAGUGAAGAAUGGAGAGAAAACAGAUGCAGUUAUGGACACCAUGAUUCAGAAUGAAUCAGGAGAUGGUCUCUUAGAGGGUGGGAAUAGUAAAGAUAUCUGUUCUGAAAUCGAAGAGUCUGUUCCUGAGAACCUAUUUGAUGGCCCUUCCUUUCCAAGGCUCUCAAAAACCAUGUCUAAUGACAUGCAGGAGGACAAACAGAAAGUCAGUGAAUUGCCCACAAGUCCAUGCAAGAAUGACUUAACGGGUAAUCUACUCACCAGCAUCAGUGAAGAGCAAGAAAUAACAAAUUCUAAUGGGACAACACAUCCUGUAAGACAUCUUCCCACCACUGGAAUUAGAACAGGGACAGACAAGGAUGCAUCAGAUCCAAACUUUGUGCUCUCGCCUGGCAGUGUGCUCCUCCACAGCCUGUACAAGAGUGCAGAAUCAGACCAGUACAUUACUUGUGUAUCUCAGCAGGAUUCAGUUUCCCCUAGUUUAGAGCUCACACAGGAUGUGAAACCCAAACAUAAUUGGUCUGUAGAGGACACUUCAAAAUUUGAGUCCUUGCCAAACCAUAUCUCUAAUGCCAUGCCAAAAGAUGGCACAUCUGUAAAGGCUGUACCAGAAAUGGCUUGUAAGCUAAAUCAGGUCAUGGAAGAAAACAUUAAACCAUUUCAAGAAGUCUUGCCAAAGCCAGAAACCCCUCAGGAUGUUCAACCAAGAAAUUGCUUAUUGGACCUCCUGCCAGAAACGCAUACCUUUACACCAAAAUUAGCCCCCUCAUGCAAUACAUCAUCUGAGAACAUGUCUAACAUGAUAAAGUCAGAUUUUGAUGAAGCAAUGGUACAGUGCAACCCUUCAGGGGACAAUGUUGAAAAAUAUGACUUUUCCAAAGAUACGAUGGCAAUAGUUGUUACCUCAGAUAUGAUAGCAGAACUUGAGGCUCAGCUUGCACCAUUAAAUACAGAAACAUGUCUGGUAAAUAACUGUAAAACCUGCCCAACCAAACAAAACAAUUCCCAAGAACUGCAAAAAGAUGAAUCCCAUAAUAUUAAAUCUGUUGGGAUUUUAUCGGAGGGUAACCUACAUUUAGCCCAGCUGACUGAACCUAACGUGUUUGUAUCCGAUUGUGCAUUAGAACAAACCUCCAGUAUCACACAGGACCUUGUCAUAACUGAUUUUGGCCUGAAAAACAUCUUUCUACCCCAGCCAACUGAAACGCACCUUCUUUGUACUAGCUCAAGUCCAGUCGCAAACCUUGAAUCUGCAGAGAGUCUAGACAGAAAUGCUGAAAUGUGGACAACCCCAGCUGUUCAAGAUUCAGAGACACCUGACUUAUUUCCAGUGAACUGGCCCCGUUUACCCCAGCCAUCAGCACCUUCACUCUGCGAACAGCCAACGCUGGCUUCAAGGCAUGACCACAGCCUUAACUUUACAUCUUCUUUGUUCGAGCUUUCACCUGUAGCUUCCUCAACACCACAUAUAGCAGUAUUCCCCUUUCCCAUAAUUCCCCCUACCACAGCAGAGUCAUUACCACGUCCAGAACAUGCUCCUCUUCCUACUAUGCAGCCUGUGAAUUCUACAUCAUACAAUCCUUUUAUCCAGGAUAAACCACAGACAUUUGAUCAUCAGAGCAGUCCACACCCAGUGAAGCCAUUGACACCCCCUGAUGAGAAAAGGUCAGAGGGUCGCUCCGUACUAGAGAAGCUUAAAUCCACCAUCCACUCAGGACGAAGUCACCACUCAGAUCAGGAUGCUGACAAGAAGCCACUAGUGGAGGGAGGAGGCUCGUACUAUCACCUGAACCACAGUGAUCUGGUUAAAUUGCUGAUCCAGCGAGAUACUGAGCUCAGGCAGGAGCGGGAGGACUACGAGAAGCGAAGGGCGCUGCUGGAAAAACGUGAGACGGAGCUAAAAAAGAUGAAGCUUCUGAUCCGAGAUCUAGAGGAUUACAUCGACACGCUGCUCGUACGCAUCAUGGAGCAGACCCCCACGCUGCUGCAGGUCCGCAACAAGAUGAAAUGAUACAACAAACGCCUUCACUAUCCUUCCAUAAAUCCCAGGUGGACUUCACAACCUUGCACUGCUACAGCAACCAUAUAAAUGUAGAGAGGUAUCUGGAGCUAGGUGAUGGACAUGGAGGAGAGGGUGUAGAUUUGCAGUUCUUAACUGUGUCUGAAAAUACCUGGGCUUCUAUGGGGUCUGUAUAGUACUGCAGGUUUGCAUUGAUGGUUAAAGGUCGGCACUCUGCUGCUAAACUUCAAAGCUGGUAGGAUCCAUUCACUCACCAGACAUGUCACUAAGAUACAUGAUAGUCCAGCUAAGCACCAAAACCACCUGUCAGUCGAAAGGAAGGCAAGACUGUGAGAUGCCAGUCUUCUAGCGCUAGUGUGAAUGGUUUUUAAUGCACGAAGAAAAGCAUUGCUUUAUCUUUCGGGUUUUUUUCUAUCACGUUUUGACAUGUAACGCUCAGCUGCUUAAACAAAAGAACAAGUUUGAAAACUCGAGGUGGCUCGAAAGCGUGCGAGAGGGAGCGUGAGACGAAUCAGACAGUUUUGAAUCUGCUUGUGCCUCCCUACAUGUCCCUGCACUUUACUUAAGAGCUUAAGGGCAGAGGCUCACACCAACUGACCUUCUAGCUUUGUUUUGUAGGUCGGUAUCCUUCCUCUUCCUUCCUUUGCUUGAGCCAAUGCACGUACAUCGCUGCCAGUGCUUUCAGGUGUAAUGAAUAGGAUAUAUACUGUAUUCAUUGCAUAUAUGCCACUCGGACAAAAUGCCAAAUGCUGCCUUAUCAUACAGUAUUUUCUCCAUUCUGUUGUCGCUAAACUCAUUACUUUUAAUUAAAUUGCACAUUAUAUUACAACAAAAAGGUGAUGAAGUGUUCAACGUUUAACUUUCCCCAAGACUGUUAAAUAUCAAAAUGAUCAAAUGGAUCUGAAGAGAGAACGAAAGCCAUGAAAAUGCAAAUGCCAGAAAAUAUCUGCUCUAAAUUAACGUUACAGUAUUGUCAAUACCGCAAUGGAUCUGUUAAUGUCACUGUAAUGUUAUUCUGGUGUUUUUAAGAUGUCGCCACUAUCAGUGUUGCCACUGUCUGUGUACAAUGUAGCACUAUAUGUAGAUAUGUGAUAGAGGCGUAGGCCGCAGCACUUUUAAACCUCACACUGAGGCAUUUGCAACAAUUCUUUCUCAACAGCUUAGGAAGUGCACACAGUCAAGCGCACACGUUCAUUGCACAGACUAAUAAUCCUCUAAACACAGGAUAUUAACGCUGUUUCAGUGCUAGUCCCUGCUAGAAAGCUUGAGAUUUAUCAACAUAUUUCUGUGAUUAGAAGCAGUUAAGGACUUGUGUGCUCUGAAGGUUUGUCUCUCAGACUAUUGAAGGUGGAUUAAUGAAUGUUCAUUUAAUAAGGAUUAAACUUAAAAGUUUACAAGUUUUCAAGAAUAUGUUACGUUUUAAUCAUGCAAAUAUUUAUGGUUUUUAUUGUAUUUUGCUUUGUGGGAAGGUCUUCUGUCACCUUUAUUUUAGGGUGGUAUAAGGUUUGUACAAUCAUUUUUUUUUUUUUGCUCAUUUUUUUAAGUGCUGUUUAUGUACAUCAUGAUUACUAAGCCUAGGAUUCCCUUUCUAAAGGUCAGUAGUAACAGAAAGCAAUAGAUGUGAAGGCCAGGCUUUUGCAGAAUUUAAGAGAUUCAUACUUUUUUAGGUCUAAACAGAUGGAAUGUAAUAUGAAAUAUUUGCUUAGGUUGCCACUGUGUCGAACAACAGUUUAUAUAAUAAAUAUUCACAAACACACACAGCCUGCAGCCUAAUAAGAAAGUGUUCAAGUGCCCUUGGCUGAAUGAUAUCAUGAGAUGUGUGUGUAGAAGAAGAUUUGUAUGCUUUUAAUGGUGAAGUUGAUAAUCAAAGCUACAUUUUAUGUAGUACAAACUCUGGAACUUGCAAAUAAAAAAUUGUGUUUACUACAUUUCCUUUUAUUUUUAGAGGUGUGGAAUGUCCUUUUUCUUUUAAGGUAAUUUAAAACCUAGAUAUUUUUUAAAGAAUUACAAAGGGUUUAUUUUAAAGUUGUAAGAAUGCAAUGGAAAGAAUUUCGAUGCCCGAAUCCUCAUUCUUAAAAGUAUAGGCUCAAUUCUUCCUUCUUGGUUGUAAAUUUCAGUGGAUGAGAAUGGCAAAAAAAUUAACCUCACAUAUUAAGUAGCGUAUAAGCACCGAACAUGAUGGGAAUGUUCAGAUGAACAAUUUGUUUUUUAGGUGCAAAAUAUUUGAAGUGCUUCCCUGAGGUGCUGUUUGGUUGGAUGUUUAGGGUGUAGUUACAUGAGUGUCCACUGGAGGUUGUGAUGUAUUUUUUUUAUUCAAUGCCUCAUCUGAGAGAUGUUCAAUUGACUUUUGGUGUACUCUUAUGCAUCUCUGCUAGGAAAAGGUCUCUGUUGAUGAAAUAAACUUUUCACUUUGG